GGAAAUUAAUGGUUUUAAAAGUACAUGCAAUUCACACUAAGAUGUUGCUGCUGGAUGAAUUACUUGGUGUGCCAGGGCAGAGUGAUUAGCUACAUUUUGCAGUAAACCUUGGCAGAUUUGGUACAAGUUUGCUAUACAUGUUGAACCCUGAGGGUAGCCACUCAAAGUGCUGGGGCAGGCAUAAUAUAUGGGGUAUGUGUGCAGACUGCAGUGCACCACCAAGAUCUGAAUAAAGUUGCAUUAGAUGUCAAAACUCGCUCUCUUCACAAGACAUAUUCUUCACUCUUCACUCUCGUCAGUCACUGAAAAGCUCAAGUAACCACUCACCCCUAUCAUCUGGACUCAUCUGCUUGGCUCUCCUCACACUACCUUUGGAUUCUUUUACUUGGAGCUACCCUUCUUCUACCUCUAAACACCAGCCCAACCAAGAUUUGCAUCGCUCCCUUUUCUUAGGGAUCAUCACACUCAGGAAAAAAGCUCUUCUUGGAGCCCUCUGCUUGGCUUCUCUAAGUCCCUGCAGCAAUUUCCUGCUACAAACCAAACCAGCAUGGCCGUGUUGUUGCAUCGACGUGCAGUGGUGGCGCUAGCAGCGCUGGCCGUGCUCCACGCAAUGCUGUCGCAGCGGUGCGACGCAGGGGCGGUUACGUGCGCCGGCAUGGCGCCGGCGAAGCUCCGGCCGGAGGUGUUGUCCAUAACGGACUUUGGCGGCGUGGGCGACGGCCGGACGCUCAACACCUGGGCGUUCCGCAAGGCCGUUUACCACAUCCAGCACCAGCGGCGGCGCGGCGGCACCACGCUGCACGUCCCGGCGGGGGCGUGGCUCACCGGCAGCUUCAACCUCACCAGCCACAUGACGCUGUUCCUCGCCAGGGGCGCCGUGCUCAAGGCCACGCAGGACACGAGGAGCUGGCCGCUGAUGGCGCCGCUGCCGUCGUACGGCAGGGGCAGGGAGCUACCAGGGGCGAGGUACACCAGCUUCAUCCACGGCAACGGCCUCCGCGACGUCGUCAUUACAGGUGACAAAGGAGUCAUCGACGGCCAAGGUGACGUGUGGUGGAACAUGUGGAGGCGGAGGACUCUUCAGUACACCAGACCAAACCUUGUGGAGUUCAUGCAUUCCAGUGGCAUUCACAUCUCCAAUAUCAUUCUCAAGAACUCACCAUUCUGGAACAUCCAUCCUGUUUAUUGCGACAAUGUGGUCAUAACAAACAUGAUGAUCUUGGCACCACAUGACUCCCCAAACACAGAUGGAAUUGAUCCAGACUCUAGCACCAACGUAUGCAUCGAGGACUCUUACAUAUCAACCGGCGAUGACCUCGUCGCAAUCAAGAGCGGCUGGGACGAGUACGGGAUCGCCUACGGCCGCCCAAGCUCCGACAUCACCAUCAGGCGUGUCAGGGGCUCGUCCCCUUUCAGUGGCAUCGCCAUCGGCAGCGAGGCCUCCGGCGGGGUCAGCAACGUCCUAGUGGAGGACUGCAGCAUCUUCAACAGCGGCUACGGCAUCCACAUCAAGACCAACGUGGGCAGAGGCGGGUACAUCAGGAACGUCACCGUCAACGACGUGCGCAUGAGCAACGUGAGCAACGGGCUCCGCAUCGCCGGCGACGUGGGGGACCACCCCGACGAGCACUUCAACCAGCUCGCCGUGCCGAUGGUGGACGCGGUGAGCAUCAAGAACGUGUGGGGUGUCAAUGUCCAGCAGCCUGGCUCCCUCGAGGGCAUCAGGAGCUCACCGUUCACGCGGAUAUGCCUCUCGAAUGUCAAGCUCUUUGGGUGGAGGAAUGCGGCGUGGAAGUGCAGCGACGUGCACGGGGCCGCUCUCGGGGUGCAGCCAUGGCCAUGCGCGGAGCUCACGACCAGCUUUGCAUCUGCAGGGUCCUGCAGCUAUUAGCUAGUGCCUAGUUGGAUGUUUUUAGUUUUGGCUUCUCUUUUAGAUGUGUUUGAGAUUGAUGUAUGUCUUUGUCAUACUUAGGCUUGCUGCUAAAAUGCUAUUUUUUCAGGGAACCAUAGAUGUUUUUUUUCUAGUAUAAGGUUUAGCUGCUGUGUGUUCA